CACAGUCUGUGUCCCAACUUGCAAACCCCAACAUUGGAUAUUUCGCCCUGUUCUUCCAAAGAUAACCACCACCAUGACCAAUGGCCAUCUUUCAUUUACCACCUUGUCACCUCGUUUUUGUGAUAUUUUGCCCACCACCACCAGCUUUCUCUUAUCACAGUGUCGUCUGGAGGAACGGGUUCUUCGGUUUCCUUGGGAUAAUGUUCUUUACCAGGGAAUUCUCCGGGCAAAGAGAAUAUCACCGAGAAAGUUUUGGUGGUCGUCGUUAUUAUCGAGACUUUGCUCGGCGGGUUCCUUUGAAGGGACUAGGAUAAGUCGAGAAUCGAAAUCUAUUCUGGGGUAUUGAUCUUUGGAGGUGGUUUUUGCAAUUUGUGAGAUGAUAGGUGACGGCCAUGGGGAGUGGAUUGCUUCAUCUGAGACAUAUUAUAAUAUAUUCGAUUGCGACGGUGGGGAUAGCGUCUGUUUGCAUAAAGGUAAGGAAAAGAGAUGGCGGAAGAAAGUCAAAUAUCAGCUUCUUGGGUACCACUCAUUGCCAGGGUUUUUAAGAGACAAUGAGUUCAUUCUGGGUUAUUACCGAUCUGAGUGGCCAUUGAAGCAGGUGUUCCUCAGCAUAUUCUCCGUUCAUAAUGAAACACUUAAUAUCUGGACGCAUUUGAUUGGGUUCUUCCUUUUCCUCUGCCUGACCAUAUACACGGCAAUGAAAGCCCCUACUGUCAUGGAUCUCAAAUCCCUCCAGCGUUUUUCUGACAUGGUCAAAGGAGCUGAUUUGCACAAGAUUCAUUCUGAACUGUUGAAGUGCCUUCCUUCACUACAUAAGAUGCCUGGUUUUCAUAAAUUAAAGGAUGAAUUACGGACAUCUUUUCCAUCUGCGGAUUUUCUCUACUCACUCUCAGAUUGGCAUAUUGUGCAACUCCUCACCAAGUGCUUGCCUGAUCGGUUCCCCCAGCAUGGUGUGAAAUAUGAUGUGGUGAACAUGGUGGCACCCCUUAUGAUCCAGCCAAUCACAAGGUGGCCUUUCUUCAUCUUCUUAUGUGGAGCUAUGUUCUGUUUGCUAGCCAGCAGCAUGUGUCAUCUCCUCUCUUGCCACUCACAACACCUUUCUUGCAUAAUGAUCAGACUUGACUACGCAGGCAUUGCAGCUCUGAUUGCAACUUCCUUUUACCCUCCUGUCUACUACUCUUUCAUGUGUGACCCCGUCUUCUGCAACCUCUAUUUAAGCAUCAUAACAAUCUCAGCUCUUGCCACAAUUGUUUUCUCUUCCCUCCCAGCCUUCCAUAAACCAAAGUUCCGGGGCUACCGAGCUUCCCUCUUCUUUGGAAUGAGCAUGUCAGGAGUGGCACCUAUAGUUCACAAGCUAAUAUUGUACAAGCAUCUGCCGGAGGCCCUCCAGACUACCGGUUAUGAGAUAUUAAUGGGGGCUUUAUAUGGAUUAGGAGCGUUGAUUUAUGCGACAAGGAUACCGGAGCGGUGGAGACCCGGCAAGUUUGAUAUUGCAGGCCAUAGUCACCAGCUUUUUCAUGUCUUGGUUGUGGCAGGGGCCUACACACAGUAUCAAGCUGGUCUGGUCUACCUCAGAUGGCGGGACCUGGGAAGUUGUUAAGAGUUAACCCCUCGGGACUGAUAGAUGAUGGGUCUUUUGUUGGGUGUCUUCACUCUGAAUUUGUUAUAAGGUUGUUCUUUCUGAUAAACCUCAUGAUUGAGUGAAGUUGUCAGGUGGUUGGGAUCUCCAAUUUAUGAACUGCAUGGCCCUCCAAUAUUUUAGUACAAAAUUAACGCAAGGACAUGCCCAACAGCACAAUAUGGAAACUCUUGAUUGGCAUGGUGCAUGUAUCAGCCAAAGCCGUCAUUGCAAUACCGACGGUGUGUGUUAGCAUACAAAACAAAUAUUGUUAUGCUUAAAAUACGCAGUCAUAUUUGCUCAACUGAAUCCAAUAACCUCAUCAAUAGAAACUUUGAUAAAUAUUUUAGUAGAGAGGUAUUUUAUGAUCUA